ACCAUAGUCGUGGUGAUGACCGUCCCCGGAAAUCCUCCCGCUCUUCCGCUCCUCACGGUUUCCUCUUCUCUCGUCUCCGCCGCAAGCUAUCGAGCUACCUCGUCCCGACCUAAUUGUUUCCCCCGAGCUACCUCGUCCCGACCUAAUUGUUUCCUCGGUCUCCAUCGGGGUUAAUGGCGGCUAGGCGAAGAGCCCUACUCUCCUUCUUGUCCUCCGGCGACCGAAUCAUGGAGUCGGUCCUCUCAAUCAGUUCUUGUCGCCCGGGAUGGCAUGCAGGGUUUAAGGUCGGAGGAUCUGUGCGGAGGUUUGGUAGCUCGAUGGCUCCGGAUGUGGAAGCCGACCAUCAUAAAUGUUCACUCGACAUGAUCAAAUUCGAGGAUGAAAUCGAGAAGAUCCAGCAUGAGUAUGAGGCGGCAAAGCGGAGCUUUCUUAACAUUCCCGUCGCGCUCAAGGAAAUGCCUAAGAUGAACCCGGAAGGUAUCUACGUGAAUAGGAACGUUAGGUUGGAUGAUAUACAAGUCUAUGGUUUUGAUUAUGACUACACAUUGGCUCAUUACUCGGAACACUUGCAAAGUUUGAUCUAUGACCUUGCAAAAAAGCAUCUUGUUAAUGAGCUUCGGUAUCCUGAAAGUUGCUUGCAAUUUGAGUACGAUCCAACCUUUCCUAUCAGGGGCCUAUGCUAUGACAGACUCAGAGGAUGUCUUCUGAAGCUUGAUUUCUUUGGGUCCAUUGAGCCAGAUGGAUGCUUUUUUGGACGCCGCAAGCUUAGCUUGGAGAAGAUAAAGGACAUGUAUGGCACUCGUCAUAUUGGUCGAGCUCAAGCACGUGUGCUUGUUGGUCUGAUGGAUUUUUUCUGUUUUAGUGAGGUAUGCCUAAUUGCAGAUAUCAUACAGCAUUUUGUAGAUGCCAAGUUAGAAUUUGAUGCUUCCAAUGUCUAUGAAGACAUAAGCCAAGCAAUUCAGCAUGUACAUAGAAGUGGCUUGCUUCACAAAGGGAUUCUUUCUGAUCCUACAAAGUACCUACUAAAAAAUAGUCAAGUGUUAGGCCUUCUAAAGAAGCUGAAAGCGAAGGGAAAGAAACUUUUUCUACUAACCAAUUCUCCAUACUAUUUUGUGGAUGGAGGCAUGCGUUUCAUGCUAGAGGACAAUAGUGGUGAGAGAAAUUCCUGGAGGGAACUUUUUGAUGUUGUGAUUGCUCAGGCUAAUAAGCCACACUUCUACACAUCUGAGCAUCCGUUCCGAUGCUAUGAUAUAGAGAAGGAUACUCUGGCUUUUACAGCUGUGGGAAAAUUUCUCCCUAGCCAAGUCUAUUAUCAUGGUUGCCUCAAAUCAUUUCUACAAAUUACAAAGUGGAAAGGACCUGAGGUAAUAUAUUUUGGUGAUCACUUGUUUAGUGACUUGAGGGGGCCUUCACAAGCUGGUUGGCGAACUGCUGCAAUCAUUCAUGAACUUGAGAGUGAGAUAAAGAUCCUAAAUGAUGAGAGCUACCGGUUUCAACAG